CCGGUUGGCGGGGAGCGGGCGGCGCGCCGGAAGUACGUCACGCCGCCGGCCGGGAGCGGAGCGGGGCGAGCGGAGGCGGAGGAUGAGCAAAGGCCGCGACGGCCCCGCGGCGGGCGGAGGCGCCGCCGCCGUCCUGCUGCGGUACCUGCGGGAGCAGAACCGGCCGUACAGUGCCCAGGACGCCUUCGGGAACCUGCAGCGGGAGCACGGGCUGGGCAAAGCGGCCGUGGUGAAGGCGCUGGAGCAGCUGGCGCAGCAGGGCCGCGUCCGCGAGAAGGCCUACGGGAAGCAGAAGAUCUACUUUGCCGACCAGGAGCAGCUCCCGGCCGCCAGCGAUGCGGAGCUCCGCAGCCUGGACGGGGAGAUCGCCACGCUCUCCGCCAAGGUGCAGGCGUUGCAGCAGAGCUGCCGGCAGAUGGAGGCAGAGCUGAAGGACCUGAACAGCUCCAUGACAACCCCCGAGAUGGCCAGAGAGAUCGAGGAGUUGAGGAAGGGCUGCGCGAGUUACGUGGAGAAACUGGAGAGGAUUAAGUCUGCUACUAACCACGUGACUCCGGAAGAAAAAGAGAAGGUCUGUAGCGAGCAGAAGCUGUACUGCAAGGAGUGGCGGAGGAGGAAGCGAAUGGCGACCGAGCUGCUGGACGCCAUCCUGGAGGGCUAUCCCAAAAGCAAGAAGCAAUUCUUCGAGGAGGUUGGGAUAGAGACGGACGAGGACCAUAACGUCACACUGCCAGCAACUGUGUGAGGCACUGAGCGAGUCUUUGCCCCAGGGAGAAGGAGCUGAUGCUAAAACUCAGCUGUUGGGUUGGGUUUUUUUUUUUUUUCCUCUUUGCAGGGCUUGGGCUCGUCCUGCGUAUUUAUAUGUGUUUGUUUUAAAAUGCUUUGCUGCCGGAAGGGUGGUUGGAGCCAGUAACUCAGCACUGGGCCCUCUUGCUGUCUCGCUUGCGGAGCAAAUGUUGUUUCUUCCUUUGGAGGACAGGUGUCCUCCUGUGGCGGCAGGGGAAGGGUUGGUACUCUGUUGCACAGUUCCUGGUGUUCCACUAAGAAAAGGAAGCGAUCGCCUCAGUGAGGUGAAUAAACCAGUGACCGUUACUGCUGCAGAGCUCUGUGUGCGUUUCAGCUGCUUCCCGCAGCGUGAAUGAGUGGGACAGGAGAAUAUGAUCCAUUAAACACCAGGGUUUUGGUUUGGCUGUG